AAUGAAGUGGUUCAUAAUCUUUUGUAUUCUAUCGGUGGCACUGCUUUGCAAUGCCGAUAGCAGGGAAAGCAAGGAGAAGAAAUCCCGUAAAACCACUGUCAAAAUGGUUGCCAAGUCGGCAGCUGCAGUAACCACCACAACUACACGCAAGCCAACAACGACAACAACCUCUACAACUACCACUACUACAACAACAACUGUUGCACCAGGUGCCGUUCCGAAUUUUGAUCCAACAAAAAGUUACAUUUGGACCCGUCGAAAUAUUUAUUGCAUGAGUCCUGUUGGCACAGGGGUAGCUUAUAUGACUUCAACUUAUGUACCAUUUUGGUAUGCCUGCUUGGAAGCGAAUCUUCCGAAGUGUAGUUCGUGUGUUGGCUCUAGCACCGGAAAUUGCGCCACCAACUAUUGUCGUGUUUGAAUUUUGUUACAGGAUGGUAAAUAAGAA